UCCGCAUGUGUAUGGUAAGUUGGCUCGUUCCACAGACGAAAAAGAAAAAAAUUGACACUUCCUAUUCUACCCUUCCUACAAACGCUCCUGGAGCAGGGGAUUUGAAAUGGGGGAAGGGUUUUUUUCUCUCUGCGAUUAUAUAUUUUUAAUUUAAAAAGAUACAACAAAUGUACUUAGUGUAAUUGGUUAUGAUCUUUGCUUUUUUUUAAAGUGGUCAUUGUUCAAAUCCUAGUAAGUGUCUUUCUAAUGAAUAAAAAAAAUGGUAAUUGUGAAGACCAAAAUGUCCUUCCUACUUUCACUCUGGAUGCAUGAAAUUUGAAAAGGGAAUUCAAGUUUUCUCAUUUGACUUUUAUUUAUUGAAUCGCUAAAUGUCGCCCUAAGAAUUGCUAAACGUCGCCCUAACUUAAAUGUCAAAUUACCUAUAUACCCUUAAUGAAAAUUGAAAAAAUAGGACAACCAAACAACCCUUUACUCUCCUUCCCAGAGGCAGCAGCCGAAUCCCUCUCCCCUUCCACCCUCUGCAACUCAUCGCCGCAGGCAAACCCGUCCCCCUCUGCAACUCCUUCCCGCCGGCCUCCUGCUCCCGUCGUUGCCGCCGUCUCGCUCCCGUCGCCGGCGACCUGCUCUCCCUCUUGAUCCAACCGUCGCGCGCUGUUCCCGUCGCCGAAGAAGGUGUCGCGCGCCGGAGAAGAAGGAGUCGCGCGCCAGUGACCGUCGCCGCCUUGCCCGCGCCAGCCUCGCCGCCGGAGAAGAAGGAAUCGCGCGCCAGCCUCGUCGCCGCCGUCCUUGCCCGCGCCAGUCUCGCCGCCCACGGUAGACAAAUCGCCAGAGAAGGUAAACCGCAGUCAAACCGCGGUUUGAACAACGGCCGACCGCGGUCAACGCGCGGUUAGACCGACGGUCAACGCGCGGUUAGACCGGCGGUCAACCGCGGUCAACGUGCGGUUGAACCAACGGCUGACCGCGGUCAAAGCGCGGUUUGACCAUCAACCGCACGUUGACCGUCGGUCAAACCGUUUUUUUUUUAAUUAUGUUUUUUAAUAUUCAGUGUUUUUAUUAUUCGUUAAAUGUUAAUAAUAAUAAUAAUAAUAAAUAUACUUAAUAAAAAUAAUUUAGUUAUAUUAUUGAUAAAUGUUAAUUUAGUUAUAAUGAUAAUUAGUGAUAACGUAUUCGAUAAUGUUAAUUUAGUUAUAAUUUAGUUAUAUGAUAUAAAAAUUUUAAAAACGUAUUCGAUAAAUGUUAAUUAAUGAUAACAAAUUUAGAACAUUAGAAAAAAAUUAAAAAUGUAUUUUUAUCAUUUUAAUAAUCAAAAUUUCAAAGUAAUUCGUUUAUCUACUUAAUUAUUAAUAAUUUUACCUUGAUUAAUUAUGUACUUAAAAGUAAAUAAUUAUUACAUAAAACGUAACAUAAAUGUUCAAACUAUUAGUUUUAUAAUUUUAAUUAUGAAAAUCUUAAAUUAAUUACUUUAUGUACUCAAUUAUUAAUAAUCCAGUAUUAAUAAUUCAAACUUUUUUUUGAAGAUGUCUGGACAUGGAUUGGGUAAACCGGAUAUGAUUAAGGCGAGAAAUAAGGAGAGAAUGGAAGUUCGUCAGUGUAGACUUACGGCGACUGGUAGGAAAGAAAAUGAAGAAAAAAUCCACCUAAGGUUAGAAGGAAGAAGAAGAAGGCGGAUGUAGUGCAUCCUGACGGCCACCCUACCGGCAGGCUAAUUGGAGUGAUUCCAUUGACGAGAAUGAUGAUGAUGACAGUGAUGCUGAGGUUGGGAAUGCCCCAGAUGGGUGAUGCUGCUGGUGAUGCUGAGGUUGGGGAUGCCCCACCUCAAGCUGAUUUAGGCGUGGGGAAGACGACGCGGGUCGGGAUAUCUUCUACUGCCUCCUCACACUUCUGUGGGCCUGAUGGACGCUAUGCGUCCAGACCAAGUAGCGAGGAAGGCGGAGAUGGAAAUAGGAAGAGGAAGACCACGAGGAAAGAUAUGUCGUGGCUUCUUACAUCCGAGUCUCCAAUGUGUUCAGGUGGACCGGUGAUUCCCGAUGUGAUCCCUAGCUUUGGAGGUCACAUUGGCUUUGUACUGUGGACUUCCCCUGAGCAGGACCGUGGAGUGUUGGACGACUUCCAUAGGCCGAAAGCUGUAGAGACUUUGAGGCGAUAUAAGUGGAGUGCAGAGGGUUCCAAGGAGAUGGUUGAAGCCACAGGAUUGUCUCACUUGACAGGGUGCAUGAUGCAGCAUUUAGACAUGGCUCUACUGUUGGCAUUUGUGGAGAGGUGGCAGCCGGACACAAACACCUUCCACAUGCCGUUUGGAGAGAUUUCGAUCCUUCUACACGAUGUGCAUCACAUUCUUCGUAUUCCGGUUGAUGGAGAGCUGAUGGUAGAUGAGGCGUCGCCGGAUAUUCUUAAGUCAGACAUGGGUGGUCUAGUUAGACUUUCGGUGGAUGCUCAUGUUGAUGGUAAGUGGAAGUCUAAGUGGUACGAUAAUGGUUCUAUACAUGCAGAGGGAUUGUUGGUGCAUGGGGGAGAGCUGAAGAUUAAGGAGAUGGAGGUUCAGUGUUACCUAUUUGUGUUACUGGGAUCCACGCUUUUUGUGGGUAAGAGUCGUGAUCGCCUUCGUCCUGCGAUCAACUUAUUUCUGAAGGAUCAUCGACAAUUGACUGAUUACGCUUGGGGAGCUGUUGGAUGAGCUUUCAGCUGAUGAUGUGACCUGGACUCCGUACGGACGAGAUGGCCACACAGAUAUACCUAGCUCCUUGUUUACUGGCCUAAUUCGCUUUUUCUGACAUUGCUGAGGGAUACGAUCAUGCACGUUGUUUGUGCCAGUUUGGAUACCGACAGAUUAUCCCCCGUGCUAUGAUGGUACCACAUGACCAGUACCGUCCGGCUUCCGGCAGCAGUUACAUAGUCUUUUGGGAUCCGUGGGUGAAUCAGUUGUGGGAUAACGUGGCAGCCCAUCGUCUAGAUUUGAAUUUUGCUUCUCGGCCGUGCGAGCACCCAUCGGAGAUCGUGGAGGAGUACGUUGACUGGUUUCUAACUAGAUCGCACCCACAGAUCACCCACCCCAGCUCUGAUGGGGUGCCUCAGCCUCGACCACUACUAGUUCAUCAGGUUAGUUAUGACUUUCUUUUGCUUUUCCAAAUACAAAGGACAUUUGUUA